UCUGAUUCAUAGAAAAUUUCACCUUGGGUAGGUUUGCGCAAGAUCAACAUCUCCUACUGGGGAUGGGAUGACAUGUCUCCUUUUACAAAUACAACUCUGCAGUGGCUUCCUGGAGAGCCAAAUGACUCUGGCUUCUGUGCGUAUCUAGAAAGAGCAGAGGUGGCAGGUCUGAAAGCAAAUCCAUGCACUGCAAUGGCAGAUGGUCUUGUGUGUGAAAAACCUGUCGUUAGUCCCAACCAGAAUGCCAGACCCUGCAAAAAGCCAUGCUCCCUGCGAACAACAUGUUCUAACUGCACAAGUAAUGGCAUGGAAUGUAUGUGGUGUAGCAGUACAAAACGAUGCGUUGACUCAAACGCCUACAUAAUCUCCUUCCCAUAUGGACAGUGUCUAGAAUGGCAAACUGCCACAUGCUCCCCUCAAAACUGCUCUGGACUGAGGACCUGCGGACAGUGUUUGGAACAGCCUGGGUGUGGAUGGUGUAACGACCCGAGUAACACUGGAAAAGGGCAAUGCUUGGAAGGAUCAUCAAGAGGUCCAAUGAAGCCUGUUGCUGUGAACUCUAAUGAAAUGGUGCUUGAUGCUAGUCUUUGUCCAAAAGAGAAGAAUUAUGAGUGGUCUUUUAUUCAGUGUCCAG